CACAGCAACCACCAUGUCUGCGCACAUGCCCAGAAGCAAAGGAGUCAGCGAGGGGGGCAGGCAAACGUCUCCGCGACUCCAAGAGCCGGUUCCCAGAGUUGCUCUCACUGAAGCAGGCCUCUACUGGCAACGGAGGGGAGGAUCCCUAAAAGCCGGACGGCGACGGUGCGGCUGUAGCUUCUUCAGACGCCUGACGCGAGGAGGCCCAGUUGACAACGGCUGAUGUUGACGGGGAAGCAUCCACAGAAUGUCACUGGCAUAAAAAAACAACAUCUUUUCUUCCAGUCUGAUGUGUUGGGACAUCCCAUGGCUGUGAUACUGACUGCUUAUAUUAGAUGGAUCAUUUUAAAAUGCUAUAGUUAAUACAGCUAAAGAAACACAGCCGAGCACUAAGGGCAAGAUCCAGUUCAAGUUAAGCACUUUUAAGACACAGUGUUUUGUUUGUUCAGAGGCUGGGUUAAGUGCUCGACACGCUAGUCAUGAAUUAUUCACGAUUUAUUACUGCAGUCAGUGCAGCAAGAAAAGCAUCUCCGAUAAGAGUCCUCACUGAAUUGAUGCAGAGGUCUCCCCCAUCACUAAUCUCGCUGGCUGGAGGAGCACCCAACCCCAAUACUUUUCCUUUCAAAACAGCUAGCAUUACCAUUGGAGAUGGAACAACUGUUGAAAUUGGGGAAGAUUUGAUGAAGAGAGCUCUCCAGUAUUCAGCCUCUGCAGGCAUUCCAGAGCUGCUGUCCUGGUUGAAGGAUUUACAGAAAAAUCUUCACAACCCUCCAACUGUGGAGUAUCUGCCUGAGGAAGGACAAAUGGAAUUGUGUGUCACCACUGGCAGUCAAGAAGGGUUGAGUAAAGUAUUUGAGAUGCUUAUUAAUCCUGGAGACACCAUCCUUUUGGAUGCGCCCACCUACCCCGGGACACUAGCAGCUCUGAGACCAUUGGGCUGUAACAUUGUCAAUGUCCCCAGUGACCAACAUGGCAUUAUUCCAAAAGCCCUGAAAGACAUUCUUUCCAAGUGGAAUCCAGAAGAUGUAAAAAAACAUAACAGCAACCUCCCAAAAUUUCUCUAUACAAUUCCUAAUGGUGGCAAUCCUACUGGAACCUCCUUGACAACAGAUCGCAAAAAAGAGAUCUAUCAGCUUGCAAGACAAUAUGAUUUCCUCAUAAUAGAAGAUGAUCCAUAUUACUUUCUUCAGUUUAAUAAGCCUUGGGCACCAACCUUUCUUUCAAUGGACAUCGAUGGCCGAGUUAUCAGGACUGACUCUUUCUCUAAGAUCCUCUCAUCUGGGUUAAGAAUAGGGUUUCUAACUGGCCCCAAACCUCUGAUCGACAGAGUUAUUCUUCAUAUUCAGGUUUCCACAAUGCAUACCAGUACUUUCACACAGCUUAUGAUAGCCCAACUUCUUCAACAAUGGGGGCAAAAAGGUCUCUUGGACCAUGUGGACAGUGUGGUGGACUUUUACAAGAAACAGAGGGAUGUGAUGCUUGCCGCAGCAGAUAAGAGGCUAAAAGGACUAGCAGACUGGCAUAUACCUGCUGCUGGAAUGUUUCUAUGGAUUCAAAUUAAAGGAGUUUCUGAUACACAGGAGCUGAUAAUGAAAAAAGCUUUGGAGAAGUGCUGCUGGUUCCUGGAACAGCAUUUAAUAUUAACAGUUCCGAUCCCAGCUCUUACGUCAGAGCUUCUUUCUCACUGUCUUCUCCAAACCAGAUUGAUCAGGGUUUUCAAAGGUUGGCUGACCUCAUCAAAGAAGCUGUAUGAUUUUAUUAAAUGAGACAUCUUUAAGCUAGAGAAUCUUCAAAAGAGACUCAACUUUUGAUCUCAUGGUGGCUUCCAACAGGGUGCCCUCCAGAUGUAGUGGGACUACAUCAGCCUCAGGCAUCAUCUGUUAGGAUGAUGGGAGCUAUAGUCCAACAUUGGCUACCCAUGGUCUACAGAGUAUGCUACGACUAGGAACAUACGUUUUCCUUCAUAUUGAUGCUGCUGUUUUAAGGCUGUAUAUUAACAUCUCAGAACGCCAGUGAAGUAAUUUAUGCAGGGAUACUUAGAUUAAGCUGCUGUGGAAGUGUUACCCUCAUUGUGUGACACCACCUUAUAGAAAAAGUUUAGUAUCUUCCUGGCUUCAUGGUGCUGCUCUUUCUCUGUUUUUGUUUGCCUAAAGUUGAGCAUUACAAAUUUCAAAGUUGUGUUAACUUUUGCUAGAUUGAAAUUAGUUUAUAAAAUCCACCCCUUUUCUAUCCUUUUGUGCAUCAUCUUGUUUUCCUCAUAUUUAAUUAGAAAUAUUCUGAAUUAACUACAUUCUGUAUUGAUUUACUGUUUCGACUUUUAAAGCAAACACAAAUUUUAGCUGAAAGAAAAAUAUUGACGCCACAGAUUGGAGGCUUAAUUUCAGGAAAACACCAUUUUUUGUUGGGCAAUCAGAGUUUGGGGCUGGCUUCUCAACAACGGGCAACUGUUUUUUGCUGACCCGUGUAAUGGCUAAAUAUUCCAGCCUAGAACACCACAUGCCACUUUUGUGGAUUUAAAGGAUGCAAUUGAUGCCAUAAAAUGGGGGUAUGUUCUGGACAAAGCUUUCCCAUACAAAUCCUGAUGGCUUUCUUUUAAAAAAAAUAAAAAUAAAAGCUAUGGAAUAA